CGAACGUUCAACAGGGUUACUUUUAGGCCAAUUACGGAUGAGGGUCUUUUCAAUCUGUACAUGGAAAUUGAGAAGGUUGACUGGUCAUUCAUCGGGGGAAAUGAUAACAUCGAGCAAGCCUUUGAAACAUUAAUUCAUCUAAUCAGCAGUAAAGUUGAAAAAUGCCUUCCAUAUAAAUCACGUAUCUUUGGUAGCGAUAAUAAAGGGGGAAGAAAAAUAAAUUGGUUUGACAGCUCCUGAUGGAUUGGUACAAGGUUAACCCACAAAUAGU